AGGGUUCCGACCUCAUGCGACAUUGGCAAAAAAACUACGCAGUAGACUCUGACAAGAUCAGAUGUUGAUAUAUCCACAAUGCUUCCACCAGCGCUAAACAUUCCCAAAUGGCUCGAAGAAAACGCCCACCUCCUCCAACCACCGGUCAAUAAUUACUGCGUCUACCACCCUUCAACACCGGCCACAGCCGGCUACACAGUGAUGAUAGUGGGCGGGCCCAAUGCCCGAACCGACUUCCACAUCAACACAACUCCAGAGUUCUUCUACCAGUACCGGGGAUCAAUGCUCCUCAAGACAGUUGACAACUCAACCACACCUCCUAGCUUCCAAGAUAUCCCCAUCCAUGAAGGCUCGAUCUUCCUACUGCCCCCGAACACCCCACACUGCCCCGUGCGCUUCAAGGACACUGUCGGUGUCGUGAUGGAGCAGCCGCGGGCUAAGGAUGCAGUCGAUGCUAUGAGAUGGUAUUGCAAGAGCUGCAAGGAGAUUGUCUGGGAGAAGAAGUUUGUGUGUGUUGACCUAGGGACGCAGGUUAAGGCUGUGGUUGAGGAGUUUGCGGCCGACGAGGAAAAGCGCAAGUGUAAGGCUUGUGGAGAGAUUGCAGCAUCGAAAUAUGCGGAUGGGGAAAUUGUGCAGCCGCCGACUCAUCCUGAAUAGUAUACUGAUCAGGGCCAUUGGAGGGUGGGUUUGGUGAGGCUCUAACUGUAAUCGUUUUCGGUCAUGAAUGGUUAUGAGUGACGAAUUCAACAUUCUUUGAUGUGAUAUGAAUACAAAUAAAAAUGGAAUAGAAUGAUAUGGAUACA